AUGCCGCGCUACUCUGGCCGCCUCAGCUUCGUAAACACGCAAGGCGACGUGCCCUUUCUGGAUUCAGUGCGAGAGCAGGCCAAGGAGCUUCAACUACCAGGCGAGGUGUUUGACCCGGAGGUGCGACUUCCGUGGCGGCAAGGGCAGGAGUGGACAACAUGCCAUUCAGGCCUACUUGUGGUUCGCUUGCUGUUUGUUGCUACGCAGCAGAUGGGGCGACCUGCGGAGGUGCCGGAUAUGGCAACAACACUUGUGACAUCGGCCAUUGAGGCUCCUUGGAUCCAGAUCCUGCAGAGCGGUUGGCCGGUCUUCAAACUUUUGGCGCUGCUGUCCAGGUGGGCAUCGCCUUUCUUGGAUGGCUUCGGAGCAGAUCUCACAACUCAUGGCAGAUCAGCUCAGCGAAGGGCCAUUACGCUACACUCCCAGUGCGAUGCGGGAGAAGUGGGCGCUACCAAGCAAGCUCGAGAAUUGAUUGGGAGCCUUUGGCGACAUCUGGAUGCGGAUGUUUGGAGGGGAAAUGCAACCGUGCAAUCUGCUCUUGCAGAAGAGGCGUUGGCAGGCCUUCACGAACAGCAUGUCAACGUGGCUACGAUUCCUGGCCAGAAUUGCUACUGGACGCAAUAUGCAGGCGACCCAAGCACGGAGGCUGCAGACAGUUCACUUUUUGCAGCUUCUUCAGAGGUUCUGGAAUACUGCAGCAACUUGCCUGACUGCAUCGGUGCGACGGUUGGCGGCGACCCCAAGCUGCUUGACGAACUGCCCCUUGCUGAGCUCACAUCACCCUCCUUCCUGCUUUGGUGCUCCCCCCUGGUCAGCGGGGGCGAGCGAACCUUGCCUUGCCCCUUGGCUCGGGCUGCAGGCUUGCUGACCACAGCGUACAGACGUUUCAGUGCAAGCCGCGAGAGUUUCCUGCCAGAGUUUGUCGCAGAGGCGCAAGCCGAGGUGUUGACAGUGGCCCAACAAGUCGGUGAUGUCGUCAUGGGCACGGAGGAGUGUGGCGUCUCAUCAAAUCUUAUCGCGGGGCUUGAGAAGGCCAGAAUGCCUGUGGCUGGCCAGGCGCAGCUGCUUCAGCUGCUGCUGUAUGCGAAUGGUGAUCUGCCCCUUCGUGACCAAAUUUUUUUCGACACGGAGGACCACAUCUUGCCACAACAGAUGCUGCAGACUCACGCAUCUGGCAAUCGUGCAGAAACGCCUGACUAUGAUUGGAUGAAGCUUGUUGUGCAGGACCUUCAGCAAGACGGUGAAGGUGUGGAGAAAAGCCGUGAAGACCAAAUUCGAGCAAGAAUGCCUGUGGACCACCCUCUGCAGGUGGACCGCAUGCAGCUUGCCCACUUUAUCCUCGAGGUAAGGGAUGCCAUUCUGGAAGAAGGCAGAAUGGAGCGUUGCCUGGAAUGGGACCAGCCAUUUCUACUGGCAAGCAACUUCGCCGUUUUCUGCCGCUGGAUGGAUGUCUACUCCUACUCCGAGCCGAUUCCAGGUGAUCCCAAUAUGGGUCUGCCUGGUCGCCAUCGCUUUCCGGGUGGCACCAUGCACUACUGGGGUGACAUGGAGUCGGAGGAGAGGUUUGGUGUUGAUCCUGAAUCCAUCGACCUCAUUCUCUGCCCGUUCAUUUUCGAGCAUGUCUCGCAGCCCUGGGUGGCCAUUCGGACGUUGGCUAGAACGCUGCGACCCGGAGGCUUCAUCGUUUGGGCAGCGCCUAUGUACCAGCGAUACCAUGGGUCUCCGCAUGACUACUACCGCUACACCCCCAAAGGAGUGGCUGCAUUGGCCAAGCAUGCCGGGCUGGAGGUCAAGCGCUUGUUUGCGCCUGGCGACUUGUCUUUGGUCAAUGGAGUUCUCAUGGGUAUGGUCUUGCCCUACUGGACACCAGAGCAGAUUCUACGUGAGGAGGAGCCUUACGAAAAAGAGGAUGCUCCCAGGUAUCCGCUGAAUGUUUUUGCCCUUCUGAGGAAACCCGGAUCGCGUCCGCCUCUGCAGAACAUCUUUCGAACCAGCCAAGCUUUCCGCCCACAGCUUCGUGAAGUCGCUGCCAAGUGGCCGGACUUCUUGACGGGUAUUCUGCCCAGGAUGUCCACGGUCUUUCAGCUCACAGUUGUAAGGCAUAAGGCGUCUGGCAGGGUGCUUGUGCUUGCCAACACGCAUUUGUUCUACCACCCCAAUGCCAGGCAUAUUCGCCUUCUGCAGAUCAUGUGCCUACUGCACCAAGUACAGGAGCUGCGCGAGCAGCACAGGGAUGCAAAAGGCCAACUUCCCAACGUGAUCUUCGCUGGUGAUCUAAACUGUUUGCCUGAGACCGGCGCAGUGCAGCUGCUUCUCAAGGGUGAGGUGACAAGCGACCACGAGGAUUGGGAGACUUCUUCUCAAUUUGCGUGGCGAGAUGAAGAAGUUUCAGCAGAUGCUGGAGAGGCAGAUGAGUGUGCUCCGAAAUCAUCAGUGCCUUCCAUGGAGGCUGAUGAGGCGGAUGUCGUCGAGCCGCUGCCAAAAGAACAUUGGCAAAACGGCCGCGGCAUUGCUUUACACAACCCUCUCGGAGCAUUGGUGGAUGUGUAUGCCAAAACGCCGCAAAAGUUCACGAACUACGUGCACGAAUUCCGUGGUAUUCUGGACUACAUUCUCACCGAUGACCAGCUACAAUCCACUAAGUGCUUGCUGGCACCAGCUGAGAAGGACGUAGAAGAACAUGGUGGCCUUCCUAGUGUGUUGCACCCCAGCGAUCAUCUUUCAAUUGCAGCUGACCUCACAUUCAGGACCGGCUGA